AUGGGAAUUAUGUAAUAUUCUCUGUGUGCCGUUGGCCCAUUGUGUGCCAGUCAAGCACGACGUCCAUUAGUCCGUCAGCUGUCAGCAGUCACUGGCUAUAAAUGUCGACAGCAGCUCAGAGCUGCUCGGCAAACAGUUCUUGAGAUGCGCCUGCUGCUGUUGCUUUUACUCAGCUUUAGCUGCAGCAUCAACUGCCUCAAGUGUCGCUCGCAGGAUGGCGCCGGCGAUGCGGAGCUCAAGCGGAUUGUGCGCACUUGCAUGCAACGCAGUGGCAGCAACGGCAACCAGGAGGACAACGACAAUAGACGCUAUGGCAAUGGCAAUGGCAAUGGAAGAUACAAUUUUGAUAACGAUGAUUAUGGACAGGCUCAGGAUCGAGGCCAGGGCCAAGGCAGACAGCAGCAACAACAACAGCAGCAGCAGUCCUAUGGUAAUUCCUGGCAGCGCAGCGUUAAGCAAACUGACAACAACAACAAUAAUAAUAAUAACAACAACAGCAACACAUCUGAAGCGGGCGGCUGCGUGGCGCUGUGUUUCUUUGAGGAAAUGAACAUGGUGGAUGGCAGUGGUCAGCCUGAUCGGCGCAAGGUCAGCUACUUGCUGACAAAGGAUCUGCGCGAUCGCGAGCUGCGCAACUUUUACAUGGACACCGUGCAGCAAUGCUUUCGCUACAUAGAGCACUCCCGCUACAGCAACAACAACAGCAACAACAAGUGCAGCCAGGCAAGGGAGCUAGUCAAAUGCAUGUCCGAGUAUGCCAAAGCGCAAUGCGAUGACUGGGAGGAGCAUGGAAAUAUGUUAUUCAACUAAACUCUUGACCCGUUACUUACGCCGCUCUUCAGAUCCUCCACACGAUCCAGAUAGACUU